CCGUCGGACCGGCCUGGCUGCAGCCUCCCCGCGCCGUGGGCGGCCUCCCGGCCGGGGCGGAGGCGGCGGAGGGCGCCAGGCUCGGCCGUCGCCUGCAGCCGCGCUGCGGGCUGCGCUCUCGCCUUUCCUGCUGCCGGACCGAGGUGUUACAAUUUCAAGAAAUUUUGUGACCUCGUCAGCAUUAAAGAACAUCAUUCACAGAAACUUUUUUUCUUGUGAUAAACUUCUAAAACUAGCAUGGCUUUGAAAAAAAUACUUAAACUAUUCAAGAAAUUAUUUUUUCACUGGAAACUCUGGAAAUUUAGCAUUAUUGUUCUUGUCUUUCUGGUAUUUUUGCUUUUAUUACAAAGAGAAGUUGGCAUUGAGGAUUCUAAAGAUGAAGCAGGGAUUGAGCCAGUUGUGGGAAAGAAAAGUCACGUAUUAGGUCUCGUGUUAAAUGCAGUGAACAAUAUCAAAGGUGCAAAACCGAAAAUGCAGAUAAAAGCACCUGUUAGGCAAACUAAGGUUCCUGGAGAGAGGCGCUGUUUGCCGGGACACUAUACAUCCGUGGAACUAAAACCCUUUCUGGAUCGACCCCUUCAGGAUCCUAAUGCUCCUGGAGCUUCUGGUAAAGCAUUUAAAACCAUCAACUUAAGUUCAGAAGAGCAGAAAGAAAAAGAGCAUGGAGAAGAAAAACACUGUUUUAAUGCAUUUGCGAGUGACCGGAUUUCUCUGCACCGAGAUCUUGGACCAGACACUCGACCUCCUGAAUGUAUUGAACAAAAGUUUAAGCGUUGCCCACCAUUGCCAACCACAAGUAUUAUAAUAGUUUUUCAUAAUGAAGCAUGGUCCACCCUGCUCAGAACUGUUCACAGUGUGAUGUAUACGUCUCCUGCCAUACUGCUAAAGGAGAUUAUUUUGGUGGAUGAUGCCAGUGUUGAUGAAUACUUGCAUGAUAAACUAGAUGAAUACGUGAAACAAUUUCAAAUAGUUAAAGUAGUCCGUCAAAAGGAAAGAAAAGGUCUAAUCACUGCACGGUUGUUGGGAGCAUCAGUAGCAACAGGAGAGACCCUUACCUUUCUGGAUGCUCACUGUGAAUGCUUUUAUGGAUGGUUAGAGCCACUAUUGGCAAGAAUAGCUGAGAAUUCUGUUGCUGUUGUAAGCCCUGAUAUUGCUUCUAUAGAUCUCAAUACUUUUGAAUUCAGUAAACCGUCUCCUUAUGGGCAAAGCCAUAACAGAGGAAAUUUUGAUUGGAGUUUGUCAUUUGGAUGGGAGUCUCUUCCUAAACACGAAAAUAAAAGAAGAAAAGAUGAAACUUACCCAAUUAGAACACCUACUUUUGCUGGAGGUCUCUUUUCGAUAUCAAAGGACUAUUUUGAACAAAUUGGAAGCUACGAUGAAGAAAUGGAAAUAUGGGGAGGUGAAAAUAUAGAAAUGUCUUUCAGAGUAUGGCAAUGUGGUGGACAGUUGGAGAUCAUGCCUUGCUCUGUUGUUGGCCAUGUCUUUCGCAGCAAGAGCCCCCAUACUUUCCCCAAAGGUACUCAAGUGAUCACACGUAAUCAAGUCCGCCUUGCAGAAGUCUGGAUGGAUGAAUAUAAAGAAAUAUUUUACCGAAGAAAUACAGAGGCAGCAAAAAUUGUGAAACAAAAAACAUUUGGAGACAUCUCAGAAAGACUUGAUUUAAGGCAGCGUCUGCAAUGUAAAAAUUUUACGUGGUAUCUAAAUAAUGUUUAUCCGGAAGCAUACGUGCCAGAUCUGAAUCCUUUGUUUUUUGGAUAUUUAAAAAAUAUAGGUAGCCAUACCUGUCUGGAUGUUGGUGAAAACAACCAUGGUGGCAAACCCCUGAUUAUGUAUUCUUGUCAUGGGCUUGGAGGAAAUCAGUAUUUUGAAUAUUCUGCACACCAUGAAAUCCGACAUAACGUUCAGAAGGAGCUUUGUCUGCAUGCUUCGAAAGGACCAGUGCAGCUUCGUGAAUGUAACUACAAAGGCUGGAAAACCUUUGCUCUCAGAGAAGAGCAAUGGGAGCAUCGAAAGGAUCAAACACUGUACAGUGCAGCACUACACAUGUGCCUUACAGGAAAUGGAGAGCAUCCAAGUCUGGCAUCAUGUAACCCAUCAGACCUCUUCCAGAAGUGGAUCUUUGGCCAAAACAAUUAAGAUUUGCUAUUUAUAGACUAGGAGGCAUUUUAUUAAAAUAACAGAUGCAUUCUAAACUGUGACCAUAUGUGUAUACUGCAUUUUUUAAGUGAUGCAAAGUUUAAAUGUAAAGUGUUUAAGCAGUUUCUUUUCCCCCUUACUUGAAGCUGGAUAUAAAAUGUGUCAUCAGAGAUCCCUUAGGGGAGACUGUUAUACCAAAGAAUGUUUUGAGGCCUCACAGUUAAGAAGAAUGUUUACAGCCUUUCCGUGAGUCUAUCUUAACCACUGAUUUAUGGAUGUCAUAGUCCCCUGUCGUCUGGGGGACCAAAUAUAUAUUGUUUUUCCACAUACUAUAAGGACUUCUGAGGAAGGCAAUUUUUUUUUUCUGUAGAGUUAGGAGAAAUUCUUGUAUACUAUCUGAAAACUAAGAUUAUAUAUAUAUAUAUAUAUAUUUUAUAUAUAUAUAUAUAUAAAAUGCUCAGUUGCUUGACUUCAAUUUUUUUCACCAUUUAUUUUCUUCAGUGUACCUUUCUUAAUAUUUUUUAAACUUCUCUCACUUGAGGAAAAAAAAAAAAGAAAUAUUUGACUUUCAUACUGAAACCAAAUGAGCCACAUUGUGCUCAGCUUCUAUCAAGUCAAUCCUUUUGUUGUGGAAGAGUAUCUUCUCCUUGAUACACUAUUUAUGUAUGAUUCUUUCAAUGGAGAAUCUACUCAUCCUGAUCUUAAUCUCCUUUUAUUCAGCUAAAACUUCUUGUAUAGCUUUUCUUAUAAUUUCAUGAACUUUGAAUUUUAUGACAAAGUUAUAUUGUAACAGAUUUCCUACGCUGUUUAACAUUAACACAUUUUUCAAGUAUUUUGUUAAUUGUUGCUUUUAACUUGCACAUAUCUACUAACACCACUUUUCUUUAUAUGGUCUGUAGUGAUUUGUGCAAUGUUUACCUAACAGGUUUCUAACUUUUUCUGUACAUCAUUUCUUAUGAAAACAUUUAUGUCUUGUCUUUUUUAUUGUUGUUUUCCCUUUUCCAAAGGACAGCUUAUCAGUCAAAGUGAAAGCUUUGCCCUCCUAACUGUUCUGCUGACUCUUUUAGUGAAAUAUUUUAUUCUUGUAGGUAUCCAGAAGUAUAUUUUAAUAGAGCAUGUAGAGCUGUGGCUUUAUAAAUAGCCUUCCUUUGAUUAGGGACUUUAAAAAUAUGACAACUGUGCAUAUAGUAAAAUACAUGAAGACAUACAAACAUCCUUCACUUGGUCUUCUAUUACAAUCACCAGUCGUGCCAAUUUCCUGACCUUCUUUAAUGAAGGUAUCUCUUCAGCAUAAGAAAUGGCCUCUUACAGAACAGAGAUGUAGUGUUUAAAAACUUCAGGGUAUGUAUGUGAGAGUAAACACCAUCCCACCCUUAAAGCAUCUAAGAUCACAUAAAAAGUGCACUUUAAUAAGGUAAACUCCAUUUCAUAAUAAAAUUCUGUAGUUUGAUUGGAGAAGACUUAACUGGGUGAUGUGAAUUAUAGAGAUUUAAAUAAACCUCAAAGUUGCAUAUUUUGUGAUAUGGGGGGAAUGUGAAUAUGAAAUAAGAAUCAAACUUCCACAGAGGGAGGGAAGUGGCAAAAUAAAGACAAAGAGAAGAUUUAGCGUAAUUGGUGCCAUUGUUGUUGUUAAGUAGUUACGGGAAACGUCAAAGGUAAAAAGGCACUUUGAUUUGGCAGUCUGUCAAAGGAACUGCAUUGAACAUCUGUGGUAUCUAUUUAAAUAGGAAAAAAUUAGGAGGUGUAAGAGCAGCCAGCAUUCCUUAAUAAUAAACUCUUUAAUGAUCUAAAUCUCAGGAAAGGUGUGCAUAAGAGUGGAAAAUGGAACAAUGAGAUCAAGACUAGUUAGAUGCAACUCAUAAGGAAAAUAGUAUUUUCUUUAAGUACUGUAUUUGUAAGAGGAGGAAGAUAGAGGAAGAAGUCUUACCUUUUUUAAGGUGAAGACAAAAUUGGCUGCAUGAUCAAAUACAAAGUUAAGACUUAAAAUGAAGGGUUGGGGACUAAUAUCAAGUUUGAUUUAUCCUGAUGAACUGUAGUCUGUGGUCUAUAGUAAUAUCGCAUUAAAGAUCAAUGGUAAUUUGCCUUUAGGAUUUGGUUAAUGGAUGAAUGAUAAUUUAAAAACAAAAUGUGGGCAGGAGCCUGUCUUUGGUUAAUUUUGCAAUAUCUGACUAAUGAGAAGUUCAGCUUCUGAAGAAAAGCAAGAACAAAUCCUUUCAGUAGGUGUAAGGUAACAAGAUAACAAGAGCAUAAGUAAGGUCCAGCAAAAAUUUGUCAGGAUCAUUAGUUUAAGCUAACUUCUUUUUCUGGCUUGAUAAUCAUGUUUUUGAUUAGAAGAAGUCAAGUCCUGUCUUGGCUUCUGUUAAGGCUUUUGGUGAUACCUGUGAGAAUAUCCUAGGAAGUAAGUAAAAGCAAUAUGGCUUAAACUAAGCUGCUACAAGGUGGACACAAGUUAUUGAAAAGCAGUACUGGAAAAGGUUAUUAAUGACACUUGUAAAGCUCAAAUUCUGUAUCAGGUGGGAUUCCACCAAGAUCACUCCUAUGCCCUGAGAUCUUUCAGUGAAUAGAUUCAAUAUGGAAUACAAAGUAUUCUUAUUACUUUUGCAGAUCAAACCAAUGUGGGAAGGGCAGCAAAUGCUCUUGACAAACUGGAGAAGCAUUUGAGGAAGAAUAGGAUGCAUGUCAAUGAGAAAAUUGUUCAACAAGAAUGAAUAGAGGAUGAGUACGUAGAUAGCAGCUAUGCUGUGUUGGUCCCCAGUUAUGAGAUGAAAACCAAGAGCUUUCAGGGAACCAGUUCUAGAAGACAAGGUAUUUAGAAUAACUGAUCGUUUUAAAAAAACUUCAGUGAAGAUAGAUCAUGUUAUACAGCGAAUGCAUUACAUUAUUUUUCAUACUGCUAAAGUGUAAUUUUUUCAUGCAAUAUGUUUUUCUUACAAAUUUGCCAGACUGGAAUUUACAUAUCUGAACUUUAUUGCUCAUUAGUGUUUCUUCUUUUUAGAGAUAACAUUCAAAACGUGGAUAGAAUUUAAAUUGCAAGGAAACAAGGAUCCUCUUGCACUUGGAGAUAGGAAUUGAUGCAUGGAGGGGAGUUCAGUGCUGUAGAGUACCACUUCUGUCUUUUUUCUUCAUCUAAGUGUUAAUCUAAGACCAUGUUAUGACAAGUACAGCAAAUAUAUAUACUUGUCCUCCUGUUUUCUAGGAAGAUCAGGUAUAGCAGUUAGCCUAGUUUUAAUAUUCUGUGACAACUUCUAGCUGUGGGAAGGGAAAGUUUAUUCUGUGAUCUCUAAAUGCCUUUAAGAUUUUGCUUUUUUUUUCUUUUCUGGCAUAACACAGGUGAGUAGUCCAAAACCUGUAAAACACUUCAACAUAAAGCUUUUUUCAACCACCAUGAAACAUUCUAAUCUUUUCUCUGUGUUUCCUAUCUAUUCUUUAAGUUAUGAGCAGACAUUUUAGUCUGCAUUUUUGCAGCACUUACUGUAACAGCAGUUAAGUCUGUUACUUGGACUCCUACUACCUGCUAGAGGUUUACAGCAGAAAAGAGCUGGGGGUUAUUGUGCAGCUGAAAAAUAUUAACAAUGCCAUGCUUUUGAGUAAAAUAAAAGAGGGAGGCAGAUGUAUGAACAGUGAAAGAUACUAAGUAACUUUUCUGUGCAAAGAUCUCAGAUGAAGUUUUGUGCCUAUUUUGGGUAUCGCCUCCAAAAUAUAUAUAUAUAUAGGACAAUUUCAGAUGAGCAAGAUGAGAGCAGUAAAUAUGAUUGGAGGUUUAGAUGAACUAGGAGGAAGGACUGAAAAUAUAUAUCCUUUAGGCUCCUCUCUAUUAAAUGAUAUAAAUCUUAAGUUUGUGACCAGUAGCAGCAGAGAGAAAGGGAACAGUGUUCUACAUCCAUAGUGCAAAAUGUUAGACUUAAGCUUUCCUUGCUACAAUUCACAAAACUAAAAAGUAACUGUUGAAUGCUCAGGACACUUAAACAUAGGAACAGAUGUCUAGAAAGAUGUGGACUUUCUAUUGGAGACUUAAAGAAAGUUAGAAAAGUGUAUCUAAGUGGAAUAUGUGAUCCUUUAACAAAAUACUCCAAUACUCCCCAGGGAAGAUUUGCAGUGACUAGCAGCUAAAACUUCUUAAAAUUUUUCUUUAAAAUGUAGCAGUAAAGCAGCAGUAAAAAAAUUGCAAGGGGUUCAAGUAUUAGUCAUUACGCAUCUUUUCCAUGCUUUUUUAGCAUUGCUCUUUAAUCUUUACUGAAAAGUAAACUUCCUUGUAGUUUUUUGUUAGAAGGCAGAAGCAGAUGUGCUUCUUGGCAUAACUUACUCUUUCAGCAUGACUCUCUUGAGUAAUACAGUGCGUUCUGUAUUGUGAUGCUGACUUUUAUCUACUUGAUGGUUUGCUGUAUGCAUUUCUUUAAAUAUUUGAGUUACUACAACUGAGAAAUAUGAGAAGUUGCAAGAACUUGUGGUCACUACUUCCUUAAAAAAAUAAUCUUCCACAUUUUGUGAAUUACCCUUAUGUAAUCUUAUGCAUCUAAUCAAGAUUAAAAUACUAGAUUGAGAUGUAGGAGGCCUGAGGUCAGUGGCUGGGUUGUCAGAACCAGAGCCAGUCAUUUGAACUCUUAGCACGUGGGUGCCCUUUAUGGUUCUACUUUCUACCAAAAAAAAAAAUAAAAAAAAUCCAAGGAA